AUGGGACACCUAAACCAAAACGCCAUUAGAAAACUCCAAGAGAAGACCGCUGGAGUUAUCGUCACAGACCUAGACUCGUACGAUACUCAGUGCGAAGUAUGCCGACUUACGCAUGCUACAAGGCAGAUUUCUAGAAGAUCUACACCACGCUCAAAAGUGCCAUAUGAGAAGGUCCACCUUGACCUAAUCCAAAUGCCAGAGGCGUACGAUGGCAGCACACAAGCCUUACACUUCCUAUGUGAUAAUUGCCGCAUGAACCACGUCUAUACUAUAAAGGAUAAAACACAAGGAACGCUCCUACAGACGAUUAAGGACUUUAUGGGGGUUCCAAAUCCGCAUAUUCCAGCAGCCGCAGUUGCUUUGCCAUUGUUCUUCUUGUCGGGGGCCAUGAUGGUGAAGUCGUCAGAGUGA